GGCCCAACAACAUUUUAGCGUAUUUGGAAAGGGAAACGAAAAGAACAGAGAAACCAAAAAUCCUUCUCAUUUCUUCCCCUGCGCCCGAAUCGCGCCCCUGUUCUUCCCGAUUCUGAAGCAUCAACAUCGUCCUCCGCCAUGAUCCGGUUCAUCCUGCUGCAAAACCGGCAGGGGAAGACGCGGCUGGCCAAGUACUACGUCCCGCUCGAGGACUCGGAGAAGCACAAGGUCGAGUACGAGGUGCAUCGGCUCGUGGUCAACCGGGACCCCAAGUUCACCAACUUCGUCGAGUUCCGUACACACAAAGUCAUCUACAGGAGAUAUGCAGGUCUUUUUUUCUCAAUCUGCGUGGAUAUCACUGACAAUGAGUUGGCAUAUUUGGAAUGUAUCCAUUUGUUUGUCGAGAUAUUGGACCAUUUCUUCAGCAAUGUUUGUGAACUUGAUUUAGUAUUUAACUUCCACAAGGUCUACUUGAUAUUGGAUGAGUUUAUUCUUGCUGGAGAGCUUCAAGAAACAAGCAAAAGGGCAAUUAUAGAGAGGAUGGGCGAGCUUGAGAAGCUGGAAUGAGGAGAAAUUGGAUGGGAUAUAAUCAGGGACAAGCCUGUUCUGCCCUAUCAACGAGUCACUUAUAUUUUGUUUGUACAGUUCUUUGUACCUGUUGUGCUAUUAUCCUUGCUCCAUUUGAACCCUUCAGGACUGUGUGUCUGUAAGUACCCUUUCAUUGUUUCGUGAGGUUAAUGGUGCAUAUUUUGGGCCACUUUUCAUGUGAAGGUAUGAAUUUUAUGCAAAGGAACAAACCCACUGAUUAAGUGAUCAUAUAAGUGUGCACUUUUGACACCAGUACUGAUAAUUGUUCGCUA